AUGGGUGAGACGGCGUGGUUCCAUUUGACCAAAGAGGAGACACUGCCCGUGUUGAGUGCCGUGGGCACGUUUGCCGUGAUUCUGCUGAUCGGGUACGUGCUCAAUUACGCCACAAGCAGUGUGACGUCGAGUGAACGUCGAGCACGAUAUGGCACCUCUGCACAGAUCGAUGAAUAUCGACCGUCACUAUUCACACGAAUUGCACGUGCCGCCAUGCGAAUGGGUGAGACGGCGUGGUUCCAUUUGACCAAAGAGGAGACACUGCCCGUGUUGAGUGCCGUGGGCACGUUUGCCGUGAUUCUGCUGAUCGGGUACGUGCUCAAUUACGCGACAAGCAAUGUGACGUCGAGUGAACGUCGAGCACGAUACAGCGCCUCUGCACAG